AUGGGCCCUACAAUCAUUUUGGGCUCGUAGUUUCAUUUUGCAUCAUGCUUCGUCUUCCUCGUUAGCAUCAGCAACUCACAGUGUAAACCUGGCAUAAACCUAAAACCCUAACUUGCAGAGCCAUCAAAUUCAAUCUCACACACUAUGGUUUGGAGAAAUCUAUUAGCUUCCACUUCACGACAGAACAUCAACAAACUCAAUGCAAUCUUAGGAUCCCCUUUGUUCACUACCACACGCGCCGUGUUUCCCUCUUCUUCCCACACACGCGCUUCUUCCUCUGUUUUCCAAUUACUUCCAAAUUCUUCAUUCUCCACCAACCUUCAUUCCCGUCAACAGAGCAACAGCAAUAACCACCCAAAACUCCUCGCCCCGCGAAACGACGCUGUCGUCGACGACGAUGAAACGACGAACGAGUUCUUGUCGCGGUUCGUUUGGAUAAUGCGGAAGAAGGUGAAGGAAGCGUACCCUGAUUCCGAUAAGAGCACCGUCGACGGCAUGCUUCUGGUGAUCGUGGACAGGGUCGUGUCGGAAAUGGAAAAGGGUAGCGUGGAAACGGCGUCGUUUGGUGGUGGAGAUUUCAGUGAGGAUUUGUGGAAAACGGUGUGGGAAGUGAGUAACAAGGUGUUAGAUGACAUGAACAAGGAAAGGAAGAAGGAGAGAAUGAAGGGUUUCUUGCAGUGUGAGGAGGUGAAGGAUAUGUGUAGGUUCGCCGGCGAAGUAGGAAUUCGCGGCGAUUUGCUGAGAGAACUUAGGUUCAAAUGGGCGCGUGAGAAGAUGGAGGAACAUGAUUUCUAUGAGGGUUUGGAGAGGAUGAGAAAAGAGGCACAAAUUGAAGACAAUGAAAGUGGGAACAGUGAGGUUGAUGUUAGUGAGGAGAAGGGUAAGGUUGUUGAACUUCCCAAGAGGAGAGGGAAGAUAAGGUACAAGAUUUAUGGGCUUGAUUUGUCUGAUCCUAAGUGGGAACAAGUGGCUGAUAGGAUCCAUGAUGCAGAACAAGUGUUGUGGCCACAGGAACCAAAGUUGAUAACUGGGAAAGCUAAGCUUAUUACUGAGAAGAUUGAGUCAUUGAAGGUUGAUAAUGAUGAUAGCUUGCCAACCCUGUUGGCUGAGUGGGUGGAGCUUGUAAUGCCUACCAGGGUGGAAUGGAUGGAUUUACUUGACAGAUUGAAAAGGAAGAAUCAUCCUUUGUACUUGAAGGUGGCAGAAAUGAUAUUGACCGAAGAUUCUUUCCAAGCAAAUGUAUAUGACUACUCUAGGCUUAUUGAUUUCUAUGCUAAAGAGAGCUGCUUGGAUGAUGCUGAGAGGAUCCUUAAGAAGAUGAAAGAAAAAGGUAUACAACCAGAUGCUUCAACAGCCAGUACGUUGGUCCACAUGUACUGCAAGGGAGGCAAUCUCGAAUGUGCAAAAGAAGCUUUUGAAGUCUUGACAACCCAGGGCUUCCAACCAGACAUAAAAGUCUACACUUCAAUGAUCAUGGCUUAUGUAAAUGAUGGCCAGCCAAAUUUGGGUGAGACAUUGAUGAGGGGGAUGGAGAUGAGAGAUGUUAAGCCAACAAAGGAAAUAUAUAUGGCACUGCUCCAUUCUUAUUCUCAAAAUGGUGAUGUUCAAGGAGCUUCCCGAAUAUCAACAGCUAUGCAGUUGUCAGGAAUCCAGCAGAGUGUGGAGAUUUGCACCCUGCUUAUUGAGGCAAAUGCACAUGCUGGUGAACCUGAUGAGGCAAGAAACAAUUUUGACUACUUGAUAAAAAUUGGGCAUAAGCCUGAUGAUAGGUGCACUGCUAGCAUGAUUUUGGCUUAUGAGAAGGCUAACUUGUUGGACAAGGCACUAGAUCUUCUUAUGGAGUUAGAAAAGGAUGGAUUUGAGCCUGGGGUUGCGACUUAUUCUGUUUUUGUGGACUGGCUGGGUAAGUUGCAGCUUGUUGAUGAGGUUGAGCAACUUUUAGGUAAAAUUGCUCUGCUGGGUGAGGCUCCUCCUAUUAAAGUUCAAGUGAGUCUCUGUGAUAUGUAUGCAAGGGCUGGAAAUGAGAAAAAGGCUCUUCAAAUUCUAUCGGUUCUGGAAGCUAAGAAGAAUGAAUUAGGACCAGCAGAGUUUGAGAGAAUUAUAUUCGGCCUUAUUAAUGGUGGGUUUCAGCGGGAUGCACAAAGAAUAUAUGGGAUCAUGGAAGCCCGGGGUUUUACUGCAUCAAAUUCACUUAAGUUAGCCCUUACAAAACCUGUCCGCAAAACACCAAGAAUGAGAUAGUAUAGUGGUCACGAGAGGUGCCAUUUUAGUCUUUCUCUGCCAAAUGAGCAACAAAUGCGCUGCCUUAUUAAGGAAGCUACGGUCUGCUAGAUUUAUCAUAUCAUGUAACCAAUAAAGGACUGAGUUUAUGGUUGUUAAGUUGUUAGUCUUUCAAUUGUAUCAUGUUUAUUAAUUUUUCCAUGGUUACAGGUUCGCCAGUGUUCAGGUUACUGAUUCACUUCUUUGAAUUAUUCUUUUGAACUAUAGUCGUUUGUAUAUACAAUGUCUUCUGUGGCAUGUUUAUGGCAUUCUCUUUUUCAUAUAUACGAUUUCUUGUGGCAUGUUUGUCACUGAUUUGUU